AUGUACAAUGAGAUGAGACAUCAAUCGAAUGCUUGUUAUUUCCUCGAACAAGAUCCAUCCUACAAAAUAUUGUCAAAAGGGAGCUCGUCCACAUUAUCCAUAUCGGCCCGGGGUUUGGAGAUCCUUGGCCAGCAGAGACAACUCAGCAGCCUCGGCACCGGCUUUUGUGUCAAGAUCGGCGUCGUGCCCAAUCCGCCUGGAGUGUAUGGUGAGAACUCAAUAUCAGGAUCCGAGGGACCCGAGGGACCCAGUGCCGAUAGUAAACAGAGCAGAAUGACCCGUGGAUUGUCAGCGGUGCGAGUGUCUUCAGCCAAAUCUCACCCCAAUCGACUGUUGUCGAAAGACAAAACGGAACAAUCCACAUCGGAAAGCACCGAUCGAGAA